AUGGCAGUUUCAUCGAGCAAUGCCUCUGCAAAUGGCGCUGAAUCAUCCCCGAAAGGGAGUCCAGAGCCGCUCUGUGCGAUUGUCACCCCACUGGGAAUGCUGGGAUAUGGCUUCGAAGAGCAUCUCCUGACCGACAAACUGGACGAAUUGACCAAGUCACCCAUGCCCCUCGCCGUCGUCAUGGAUUCUGGUUCAACAGAUUCUGGGCCCUCGAAAUUGGCAUUGGGCACCAUGACUUGCCCUGAAACAUCCUACAAAAGGGACUUGACCAAGUUGAUUCGGGCAGUCAUCAAUUAUCACGUACCUGUCCUAAUCUCUUCGGUCGGAGGAGACGGUAGUAACGAGCAUGUUGAUCUCUUCGUGGAGAUGAUCAAGGAGAUUAGCGCGUCGCUCAACUGCCGCCGGGAGUUGAAGGUCCUUGCCGUGUAUUCUGAAUUAUCCAAGGAAGUUGUAGAGAACAAACUUCUGGCCGGGGACAUAUCUGGAUGUGGAGAUGAAGUCACUGCACUAACAAGUGAAGAAAUCCAUGCCACUCCGCGCAUACUGGCUCAAAUGGGCCCUGAGCCCAUCUUGAAUGCUAUGCAAUCAAACCCCGACUUUGAUAUCCUCGUCGCGGGGCGCGCGUACGACCCUGCGAUAUUUGUGGCGUUUUGUGCCAUCAACAGCGUCAAGUCCUCAUCCUCGUCCUUCAGCUCACUUGGCAACAAUUUGCUAGGGGGUUUCUAUCACAUGGGAAAGAUCAUGGAAUGUGGUGGCCUGUGUGCAACGCCCAAAUCAUCUGGCGCAACAGCCUUGGUCUACAAAGAUGGGACGUUCGACAUUUCACCCCUUGAUCCCGCGGCAAAAUGUGUUCCCCUCAGUGUGGCUGCGCACACCCUCUAUGAGAAGUCCCGUCCCGACAUCCUGCACGGCCCAGGAGGAUAUCUGGAUCUGACCAAUACCACUUAUGAACAGUUACCUGACGGAACUUCAGUUCGCGUGCGGGGAGGCAACUUCCACUUUUCGGUUUCCGAAGGAUUAUCUUAUACGGUCAAAUUAGAGGGCGCUCGUGUCAUUGGGUUCCGUAACCUCUUUAUUGGGUCAUUCAAAGAUCCGAUUCUUAUCGGCCAGAUACACGAAUAUCUCGAGGUUGGCAAGAACCGCUGCGCCCGCCAACACAGAGAUAUGGACGGCAAGUGGAAACUCGAUUUUCACAUCUAUGGCGCUCCGGAGAGGCGGGCCGACGGAUUAACCUCUACUGAUGAAAUCUGGAAUUCCAAAGAAGUCUUCAUCGUGGGCGAAGUCCUCGCAGACUCGCCAACGCUGGCCAAAAGUGUUGCAUCUACUGCACGCGUUUAUUGCUCCCAUGGCGCCUAUAAAGGACAGAUGGCUACUUCUGGAAACUUUGCAUUCGGCAUUGGUGGGAUGACAGAAUUAGAUGUCGGUCCUUGCUGUCAGUUUUCUAUCUAUCACCUGAUGAAUUUGCGCAACGGAGAAGAAAGCGGCCACCCCAUAUCAAACGGCGAUGGAAAAAUAGCUGCGCAAGACCGCACCCUAGAUGGUCUAUUUCCAUGGGACACAAUAGUCAUUCGAGCCUCCACGUCUGGGGUCGCGAUAUCCAACGACACGAUUCCAGUUCUGGAGACCAAGAUCGCUACCAAUGGCGUCACCAAGCGCACCGCCCAGAAUGAGACGAAGCACUUCCAACCUCGCGAUCCCACAACACUUCGGGACGUGGCAAAGGUCAUUCGUUCGAAGAAUGCAGGUCCUUUCCAGCUCACCUUUGACGUGAUAUUCGACGAUCCCGUCGUCUAUAAGGCGGUAAAGUCGUCCGGAAUGCUGAGCACGGACGCGAUGGCCCAGCUCUUCGGGCGAUCGGUCGAUGAAGUCGUCUACUGUGGCUUCUUUGACCAGGCGUUGGCUUUCAAGCUCACCCUGCCCAGGAAACGGGGAGGCGAACUCAGCUGUUCCGGGGGCUACAUGGAAAGCGACGUGCACGGGUCUCAGCAGUACAUGCCUCUCAUGACGCUACGGUUGACCGAGGAGCUUCGAAAUUCUCUGCUGGCCUCUGAUUCUGUCCGCAUGAGCCAAGGGCAUUUGCAGCACAAUCAGAGAGUUUAGAGCGGCACAUGGUUGCUUUUACUAGGUGCCUCAGUAGAAUGUCCGUAAGAGAGAUUAUCAAAGCUUCUUAUCACUCAGGAACUAUUC